UUUCGGUCUCGACGCGCUCCAUCAUUGCUUGGCAAUGACUUGAAUAAGCUACUGCUCUCCGUUGCUUCUGCCCUUUAUUUUCUUUCUUAAACCAUCACCCACUCACUCGCCUCUGUUUUAUCCCGCUCCAGACAGUACCCUCCGCUGUUUGCAGCAGUACAUUUCGCACCACACCCCCUCAUUUGACUGGCCGUCUCACAUUUCAGUCGCAAUUGUCCGCUGACGAGCAAAGACAGUACGGACAUAUACAUAUAAGCAGUGCUCUCCAGCAGGGACACCUGGGCUGACAACCAACGCUAGUAUUCACUGUACACCACAAGGCACAUCGACUCCACGCCCCUGUAAACACCCACCUUUUUCUGCAUACGCAUCACCCCUAGUCUCCCUCUCUCGCAUACGCAUCAUCCCUGCAACACCCCACUCCUCCCCAUUCUCCCCGUAUAGCAUAUCAUGCAGGCAGUAUUUCGGCUGGUGCUCGAGGGCCUGGCUAUGUUUGCUGGCUCAUGGGCGGCCGGCUGCAUCCCGCUCUAUGUGCGCAUGGAGGCAUCGCGGUUCAACAUCAUAGCACUGUUUGGCGCUGGACUCCUGAUCGGAGCAUCCCUGGCAGUGAUCCUGCCCGAGGGAGGCAAGGGCGGCAGCCCAGACUCGCUGAUUGACACAAUCAACAACACGAUCGGCUGGUCGCUGGUGGCCGGGUUCAGCAUCAUGUUCCUCAUCGACAACGCAUUCCCGUCGCACCACGCACAUAGCGAGAGCGACCACGACCAGUGCCCGACUGCGGCCCCGGCAAACGACAGCGCCGCAUGCCUGGAUCAGAUCCAGCUGUCGGCGCGCGGGGCCAACUCGGAGUACACGCUGCACGAUGCCGGGUUUAGAAGCCAGCAGCCGAACGAUGCGCUGCCAGGCCGCGGCGCGUCGCCGCUUGACUCGGCGAGCCACGACCGGAGCAGCCACGAGUGGGUCCGGCCUGGGUUGGAUCGGCCCUGGCUCCUCCGGUCGCUGCCAUCGACGCUAAUUGGCAUCCUGGUUCAUUCGUGUGCCGACGGCCUGGCGCUUGGCGCAGCUGUGGCUGCGGCCUCGGCGGCAGUCCAGAAGAAGCCGGCGGUCGGAAGCCCCAGCGCUGUUGCAGCCGACGACCACACGUCGUCCUCUCGAGAUCAUUGUGCACCGGCGGCUUUUGGCCUCAUCACGACACUGAAGCAGCAGGGGUAUGCGCCGUACAAGCUCAGUGUUUGGCUGACGGUGUUUGCUGCAUCGGCCCCGCUGGCUGCCCUGGUCACCUAUGCCGUCUUCUCGAUCUUUGCCAGCCCAGCCCCAGGCCACCACAGCGAGGCCCACCCGUGGACAGGCACAAUCAUGCUGUUCUCGGCAGGCACCUUCAUGUAUGUGGCCAUGGCACACACCCUGGCUGAGGCUAUCCACCAGGCCAAGGCGCUGCGCGCGCGCGAGAAGGCUGCGCGCCAGGGCGGGUCAAUGGCAAACGUCGUCGGAUCGCUGAGCCUGGUCGACAUUGUCGUGCUGCUGUUUGGCGUCAUCCUGCCGCCGCUCGUGUCCAAGGACCAUGACGACUAACGGGAAGCCAGUGUAUACGCUUUAUUUUAAAAUUACAAGAGUCUAUAAGUCGGGUCUCCCUCGGUCAAUGUGUGAUGUUACAGGAGGGCGUUGGUGGGGUCGGGCAGCACAUCCUUGGCAAAGGCGCUUACUGUAUGCUCAACCUCGCUGUCGGAGCCGGCAGUGGAGGACGAUCCUGCGCGCGGCCGCAUGCGACGGUGCCGAGGCGAGUCGGGCUGGACCAGCUCCUUCCUGUCCUUGGAGUAGCUGUCCGGGGAUGCGCAGGCAAAGAGGAUGUGGUCGUAGUAGCUGUCGGCCGAGGACGCGACAAAGCUGCAGUUGGUGCACUCCAUAGCUUGUGGUGUUAAUGUACAGAAUUGAUGAAAGGGG